CUUGAGUCUAUUAACAAGGAUGACAUGAAUACUUCCUGUCUAAAUGCAGACUAUAUUUGUUACUAUAAAGAUAAUUUGAUUAGAAAGUAUUUUAAAAGUUUAGCACAAGUUAUGUCAUUUAUUAUCCAUAAUCUCAUUCCUCCAACAGUGCUUACUGCCUGGACAGCGAUUGGUGAGCUUAUCAUAUUGGUCUGGCAUAUAAGAUUUUUGGUUACAGAAGCAUAU